ACAAAGGAAAGGAGCGCCAGUCAGUUGAGAAAUGUACGCACAAAUACAAUACGUGUUUAUUAAAUAUACAUAUAUUUAUACACUCCUAUGUAUUACUCUGAAAUUCUCAAUGGUCUCUCACUCACUGGAGACAGCAUCAUCUAACUAACCCCAUUGCAUUCCAUUCCAGUCUCCAGUCCGUUGCUAGGGUUUUCUGGCCCUCGCCACUCACCUCUCUCCCGCAUCUCCCGCUUUUCUUCUCCACUUAAGCAAGUAUUUUCUUCCUUGGAUUGGAGACAAUGGAAGAUGAGAGUAAUUGCAAUGCCUUCCCCUUUACUACCACGACAUUAGCCUUUGGUGGCCGGGGGAGCAGCUCCAGCAAUAAUCACAAUGUUUAUUAUAUGCAAGAAGAAGCUGAUCAUAGCCACUACCUCAACUUUGCAGCCGCAGCAGCUGCUAGCAACGACACCACUCCUCAUCAUGCUCCUACCACUUUACCCUCCUGGCUUUGCUGCCAGCCAACACCCCAGAAUUAUGUUCAUUUUCUCGCAGAAAAUGGGGCCUCCCAAGUCCAUAACGAAAUACUACCAUUCAACAAUUCACCUGGAUCGUCUGGUUUUACAACCCCUGAGGCUUCUUUUGACAUGGUUGUUUACAAGAGGCCGCACACUGAAGGAGUACCUCCGAGUAACUUAACAGUCUUAGGAUUUCAAAUUCCCUCUCAGAAUUCAAAUGAAAGUUAUGGCACUGCUGUGACUGGUUCUCCUUCCACAGUUCCUAGCAGCACAUCAAGACAGAAAGCCGCUACCGCUGAUCGUCGUCGCAGGUUGAGGAUUUCUGAGGGAGUUGAGGCGUUACAGGAGCUCCUUCCACAUCCAAGAGAGGGUGGCAAGGCGUCUGUACUGGAUGAUAUUAUUGAUCAUAUAAAGUAUUUACAAUUUCAAGUAAAGGAACUGAGUCAAAGCAGGUUGGGAGGAGAAUCAUCUUCAACUCCAUUCAUACUGCUUGAGGGUUAUGGCCAUUUCCUUCUUCGUGACCAGAUGCAGAAUGAACCUCUGGAAGAGAUGAUGGGGAGGCUGCUGGAGGUGAAUCCAUUGGCUGCAACACAGCUGUUGGAGAGCGGAGGCCUUAUUGUGAUGCCAAUGUCUUUGGCUGAGGGGUUACGCCCCCAAAACUAGAAUCUCCACACGCAGGACCACCUGUAAUUUUCGACAUGUAGUUGGCACUCCAAUUUCUUUGUUUUGGUGUACACCCCUAAUCACCACCAGCCCCUCCAAGAAUCAAAGAAGAUCGAAGUCAGACAUCUUAUACUGCCACACGGUUGGCGACGCAGAAUCCUUGAAGGCAAUUGCUUACUAAGCAAAGUUGAGAUUGGUUGAUUAUCUGAUGGAAGCUAUAUGUUAAACCGUAUUAUGCUUUUAGUCUUGGUCAGUGCUUUGACAGUAUCUGCUAAUUCAUAUCUUAUAGUAAACAAAGUUGGAGCUAUGCUCUUUCUGUCACUAUCUUCAUCACCGUAUUGCCUUCCUGUUUCCGGGCA